UUAACAUGGAACAUGCCCAUUCAAAUUCAAUUCAUUAAAAUUUUCCUCCAUUAGUACAGAUUUCCUUGUCUGUUUGUUCCUUCACAUAAUUACAUUUUAAAAACUUGAAAAUCUCCAUACUACCCUCUGUCCCACCGGUACGAGUACUACCAAUUCUUCUUCCAUUUGUUGUUUUAAAAAAAAAACUGCCACCAGAAGGAAGAGUGUUACCAAAAGCACAAGAAAAGGCCUUGGUCUCCACCUCCAAUGGCGUCCAUGGCCGCCUUAAUCUCCAAAACCCAUUACCCUACUCACUCUUUGCCCAAAACAUUGAAUACCCAUUUCGCCCCUGUGGUUAAAAUCUCCAUCCCUGGUGGUUUUAAGAACAGGGCCCGUCAGAAGCUCCGGGUUUCAUGCGGGUUGAUCGACCCGGAUGGUGGGAAGCUUGUUGAGCUCUUCGUCGAUGAGUCUCUUAAGGGGUCCAAGAGAAAGGAAGCGGUUUCGCUUCCGAGAAUCGAGCUUUCCCAGAUCGAUCUUCAGUGGGUUCAUGUUCUCAGCGAAGGUUGGGCUAGCCCUCUUCACGGGUUCAUGAGAGAGUCCGAGUUCCUCCAAACGCUUCAUUUCAAUUCCCUCCGACUCGAUGACGGGUCGUUUGUGAAUAUGUCGGUUCCAAUCGUUUUGGCAAUCGACGACUCCCAGAAACGCCGGAUUGGCGAGUCGACCAAAGUUGCUCUUGUUGACUCCGACAAUACCGUGGUAGCGAUUCUCAAGGAUAUUGAGAUCUACAAGCACCCCAAGGAAGAGCGAAUAGCCAGAACUUGGGGAACCACUGCUCCUGGCUUGCCUUAUGUUGAUGAAACUAUAACCAAUGCCGGGAACUGGCUAAUUGGUGGUGAUUUGGAAGUUAUAGAAUCUAUCAAGUACAAGGAUGGCCUUGAUCGUUUUCGAUUAUCGCCUGCUCAACUCCGAGAGGAAUUCACAAGGCGCAAUGCUGAUGCAGUAUUUGCUUUCCAGCUUCGGAAUCCUGUGCACAACGGCCAUGCUUUGCUGAUGACUGACACCCGUCGCCGGCUUCUGGAGAUGGGUUACAAGAACCCAAUCCUCUUGCUUCAUCCAUUGGGAGGCUAUACAAAAGCCGAUGAUGUUCCACUAAGUUGGCGAAUGAGGCAACAUGAAAAGGUUCUCGAGGAUGGUGUUCUUGAUCCAGAGACAACUGUGGUUUCCAUAUUCCCCUCUCCAAUGCACUACGCUGGCCCAACUGAGGUGCAGUGGCAUGCAAAGGCUAGAAUUAAUGCAGGGGCUAACUUUUACAUUGUUGGUCGGGACCCAGCUGGCAUGGGCCAUCCAACGGAGAAAAGAGAUCUGUAUGAUGCUGACCAUGGGAAGAAAGUAUUGAGCAUGGCACCUGGGUUGGAGAGGCUGAACAUUCUUCCUUUCAAGGUUGCUGCAUAUGAUAAAACUCAAGGUAAAAUGGCCUUCUUUGAUCCGUCGAGACCUCAGGACUUCCUCUUCAUAUCAGGCACCAAGAUGCGUACGCUUGCUAGGAACAAAGAGAAUCCACCAGAAGGAUUUAUGUGCUCUGGUGGCUGGAAAGUGCUGGUGGAAUAUUAUGAUAGUCUAGUUCCAGCUGAAAGCGGAAAAGUUCCGGAAGCUGUUCCAGUGUAGACCUGGAAUGUUGUAUAAAACUGUAGCCAUCUGAUUGGGAGAAAACUUAAAAAAGUAGUUUAAUAUUCUCCUUUGUGUGUGGUCCACAUUUGGUAGGAAGUUACUCUGUCCAGAUUUCUAAUAAAUCAUGAGGCUUUGGUACAGAGAAAUCAAAAAACUUGCCUCAUUCUGUAAUUAACGUGCCCAUAAUUGCAUGUUGCAUUAGUGCAUUUGUGCAUGCCGGCACUUUGUAAAAUUUGGGAUUGUCUUCUUCUUCUACAAUGGAUAUGGACUUGUGGGUUUCCUUA